UUUCUCUUCAAAUUCUUCACCCGCUUCUCUCUGGAAAAUCAAAAUUCUCUCUGCUCUCUGGUUCUCGUUUGGUUCUUCUACAGUCAACAAUGGUGGAGACCAAGCCCAGUCCAAUUCCGGCCCCGCUUCUCAAAGAUGAGCUCGACAUCGUCAUCCCCACCAUCCGGAAUCUCGACUUCCUCGAAAUGUGGCGUCCAUUUUUCCAGCCCUACCACUUGAUCAUCGUCCAAGACGGCGACCCCUCGAAGACCAUCAGGGUUCCUCAUGGCUUUGAUUACGACCUCUAUAACCGCGACGACAUCAAUAGGAUUCUUGGUCCUAAGGCUUCUUGCAUUUCCUUUAAGGACUCUGCUUGUAGGUGCUUUGGCUUCUUGAUCUCCAACAAGAAGUAUAUCUUCACCAUUGAUGACGACUGCUUCGUUGCUAAAGACCCAUCUGGAAAAGAGAUCAAUGCACUUGAACAACACAUUAGGAACAUCUUGACGCCAUCUACCCCAUUUUUCUUCAACACCCUAUAUGAUCCAUACAGAGAAGGUGCUGACUUUGUCCGUGGAUAUCCGUUCAGUCUCCGUGGGGGCGUCCCCACCGCAGUGUCUCAUGGCCUCUGGUUAAACAGUCCAGAUUAUGAUGCACCCACCCAACUUGUUAAACCGCUUGAGAGAAACACGAGAUACGUUGAUGCUAUUUUGACUGUACCGAAAACUACCCUCUUUCCCAUGUGUGGAAUGAAUCUGGCGUUCAACCGCGAACUAAUCGGUCCCGCCAUGUACUUUGGACUCAUGGGCGAUGGCCAGCCUAUCGGCCGCUAUGACGAUAUGUGGGCUGGCUGGUGUAUGAAGGUCAUCUGUGACCAUUUAGGAUUUGGAGUGAAGACAGGGUUGCCAUAUAUCUGGCACAGCAAGGCAAGCAACCCAUUUACAAACCUUAGGAAAGAGUACAAAGGAAUCUAUUGGCAAGAACAGAUGGUACCAUUUUUCCAAACUGUUACUCUACCAAAGGACUGCACCUCUGUGCAGAAGUGCUACAUUGAACUCUCUAAGAAGGUAAGGGAAAAACUCGGUUCAGUUGACGAGUAUUUCGUUAAGCUUGCCGAUUCCAUGGUCACAUGGAUUGAAGCUUGGGAUGAGCUGAAUCCUCCUGGAGAGGAAGCAACUGAGUUUUCCACAGUUGUGUCAAAAUAGUUGAUUUCAUUGGUUUUGAUUUCUGUUGAAAGAUGUAUCAUUCUUUUUGAGCAGGCCUUUGCUCUGAAGUUGUCUCACAUUCCUUGGUAUGGUUUUCUUGGAAGAUAUGAAAUCUGUAUCAUUUGUUUUAAUUAAGCAUUAAUUAUUCUUGUU